AUGUAUCGAAAGGAAGGAAUUGAAUGGAAUUUUAUUGAUUUUGGUCUUGAUUUACAGCCUACUAUCGAUCUUAUCGAAAAACCAUUAGGUGUUUUGUCACUGUUGGACGAGCAGUGUAUAUUUCCGAAGUCAACUGAUAAAUCGUAUGUGGAGAAACUGAUUGCCAAUCAGUCAAAACAUCCUAAAUUUAUUAUACCUGAAUUCCGGACGAAAUCGGAUUUCGCUAUUAUCCACUAUGCAGGCCGCGUAGAUUAUGCUGCAGACCAAUGGUUAAUGAAAAAUAUGGAUCCACUGAAUGAUUCGGUUGUGUUUUUACUUCAAAACUCAGGAGAUUCGCUUGUGGCAGAGAUGUGGAAGAAUGCGGAAUUUGCAAGCCUGGGAAUGACUGAUCAAACUGAUAAUGUAUUUGGUGCACGAACUAAGCGAGGAAUGUUUCGCACAGUUGGGCAAACAUACAAAGAGCAGUUAUCACGAUUAAUGAAAACACUGCAGAAUACUUCUCCUCAUUUUGUUCGAUGUAUUAUUCCAAAUCAUGAAAAGAAGGCUGGUGUGAUUAAUGGACUGUUAGUAUUAGACCAACUUCGUUGUAACGGUGUUUUGGAAGGUAUCCGUAUUUGUCGACAAGGCUAUCCAAACAGAAUGCCAUUCCACGACUUUCGUCGAAGAUAUGAAUUGCUUGUUGGUCGAGGAAUUAUUCCUUCUGGUUUCUUGGAUGGAAAGGAAACCGUUAGGCGACUUCUCACUGCACUAGAAGUGGAUGCAAAUCUCUUUCGUAUCGGUCAAUCGAAAGUAUUUUUCCGAUCAGGUGUUAUCGCUGCAUUAGAAGAAAUGCGUGAUAAAGAAUUGCAACGUUUUGUAAUUCAGUUUCAAACCUACUGCCGUGGUUAUCUCUCUCGUCGUUCUUUCAAGAAACUUUUGCAGCACGUUUCUGCGAUUCGAAUAAUCCAGAGAAAUGGUUUAGCUUGGUCACGUCUGAAAGAUUGGAAUUGGUGGAGAUUGUUUGCUAAGGUUAAACCUCUUUUGGAAGUUACUGCAAGUGAAGAAGCUAUAGCUAGCAAGGAAUCAGAAUUGAAAUCUCUACGGGAAACUUUGCUGCAAAAAGAAUAUACUUUGUCGGAUUAUAUGACUCGAAUUGAACAGUUAACGAAUGAUCGUGCGGCAUUACAAAAAUUACUGGAAGAAGAAAGCGUAGAGAAAACGGAAAUUGAAGAUGUGAAAGAUCAACUGUUCUCGAUGAAAAUGCAACUGGAAAAAGAGGUCGAAAGUUUCAGGCACAAGUUUGAGGAAAAGGAAGCUGAAUGUAUUUCGGUUUCUGCGGAAUGUAAAAAGUUAGAGGAUAAUAUAGCAAUUCUUAGAGACCAACUUCGGGUGGAAAAUGAAAAAUACGAACAUUUACAAUUAUCUUAUGCCUCAAUUGAUCAAAAGUUGAAAAAUGUUGGCACAGAGAAGGAUCAAUUUUUUGAAAUAAAUGAAAAGAUGAUGAAGGAAAAAGCACUGCUUGAGGGAAGACUUGCAGCUGCUACUCAAAAAAUUGUUGUCGAAGAAGAGCAAAAUCGACAGAAUGUCAAAUUAAGAGCGAAAUUAGAAGCAAAAAUAACAGAUUAUGAACAGGAGAAUCAAGAGCUUAAGAAGCUCAUUGGAAUGGCAGAAGCAGCAAACCAAAAACUUACCACAGAAAUGCGAGAUGUUCGGGAUGGGAGUGAGGAACUACUGAAAAAGCUGAACGAACUGAGUGCUCAACUUCAAAAGAAAGAUGAGGAAUUAAUUGCAAUUCUCACACGCUGUGAUGAGGAACAAUCGCAAAAACAAAAUUUGAUGAAGCAGACAAAGGAAUUAAUGUUAGAAUUGCAAGAAGUGAAAGAAGAUUUAGAGAACGAAAAAACUCUAAGGACAAAGUCAGAAAAGGGAAAACGGGAUUGUUUGGAAGAGUUAGAAGCAAUGAAACAAGAGCUGAUGGAAUCACAAGACAAAACACAAGCUAACGUUGAAUUACGAACUGAACGUGAGAAGCAGUACUUAUCGAUCAAAAAAGAACUUGAAGAAACAGCAGCACAGCACGAACAAAAUGUUGCAGAAUUGAAGGCUAAGCAUUUGCAACAAUUGAAUUCUGUUAGAAUCGAGAAUGAGCAAUUAAAAAAACAAAUGCAACAGGAAAUUAAAACAAAGAAUCGCAUGGAAAAUGAAUUGCAAGAAAAGAUCGUUGCGAUUCAGCGGAAUCAUUCCGCUAACGUGGAAAAUGAACGGAAAAGAAAAAAUGCUGAGAAUUUAUUAAAUGAAUGGCAAAUGAAAGCUCGGGAAGCAGAAAAGAAUGCUACGGAGUUAAAAUCUGCUUUGACAAAAGUACAAUCAGAGGUUGAAAGACUUACUCAGGAAUUGGAAAGCAAUGAAAAUGUUAUACUAGUUUUGCAUAAGAAAGUGGCAGCUGCAGAAGCUCAGAUCACUGAUUUGAAUGAUGCAAUCAAUCUGGAAAAAUCUCAAAAUGAAUCACUUCGAGAAAAACUACGAACGCAAGAUGAUAAAGUAGAAAACUUGCAAGAAAACAAAGAACAUAAUGAAUUUACCAUUCAGAAGAGUGAAAAGGAGAUAAAUUCUCUGAAGCAGCAGCUGAUUGAUGCAGAAAAGAAAAAUGAUGAAAAAUUAGUUCUACAAGCAGAAGAUUUGCGUAAAAAAUUGAUAAAAGAAGUGGAAAUUUAUAAAAAGGAGCUGGAGCAAACUGAAUAUGCUCGUGCUCGGAGUGAGAAGGCAAAAGAAAAAUUAAUGCAGGAGAAUGAGGAUAUGCUAACCGAGCUGAAUAAACUACGGUUCAGUGUGCGUGAAAUGGAGAAAAAACAGCGGAAAUUUGAUCAAGUGCUCGAAGAAGAAAAGUCAAAUUUGGCAAAAGUUAGCAUAGAACGGGAUAGGCUUGCCCAAGAGCUUCGUGAUCAUGAAUCAAACGCACUAGUGAUAGCAAAGGAAACUGACAAUCUCAAAAGUCGAAUUGCCGAAUUAGAAAACAUUCGAAAUGCGCUGCAAUUGGACCUUGAUAAUGCUGUUACCAUGAAAGAUGAUACUGGUCGCAGUGUUUUGGAGCUUGACCGAAUGAAGCGUCAGUUAGAGACCGAAUUAGCAAACGCAAAAGAAACGAUCAUUGAACUGGAAGAUAAUUUGCAGCUUACCGAAGAUGCAAAACUACGGUUAGAUGUGACGCUACAAGCAACAAAUGCUGAACUAGAUAAAGUUCGCAAUGAUAAAGAGCGAGAUGACGACGAACGGCGUCAAAUGAUGCUACGAAAGCUUGGUGACUUGGAAGGUGAAUUGGAAUCGGAGCGUCGUAAUAGAUCAAUUUUGUUGCAACAAAAACGCAAAUUGGAAGUCGAUCUGCAUCAUUCUUUAGAACAGGUGGAAGUUAUUACUGCUCAAAAAGAGGAAUUUUCACGGCAGCUUCGGAAAUGCAAUUUACAUUUGAAAGAUUUGCAAUUGGAAGUGGAAGAAUUGAAAGAGGUCAAAGAUACAGCAUUGCUGCGGACACAGGAUAUGGAGAAAAGGUUGAAAUCAUUGGAAAAUGAAUUGGCGAGCGCAGCGGAAACAAAUAUGCAAUUAGCCGCAGAUAAGCGCCGUGCAGAGAGAGAAAAGGAUGAUGCUGUGGAAGAGCUUAAUGUUAAAAGUGGCUUAAUGAAUGGUGAAGAAAAGAAAAAAUUGGAAAUGAAAAUUCAUGAGUUGGAAGAACUGCUUGAAGAGGAACAGAGUAACACUGAAUUAGGCAACGACAAACUCAAGAAAGCCCAAAUUCAGCUGGAAACACUGACGACGGAAUUGGCAGCUGAACGUUCAUUAUGCGAAAAGUUAGAAGCAGAUAAGCAGAACUUUGAAAAACAGUGUAGAGAUCUAAAAGUGACAUUAGAGCAAAUGGAAAGUGACACGCGUACACGUAAUCGAGGACAGAUUGCUGCGCUAGAAGCGAAGCUUCAAGCAGCGAAUGAACAGUGUACUCAAAUGGAACAAGAACGAAAUACAGCUAAUCGACAGAUUCGACGUAUGGAGAAGAAAUUGAAUGAUACACUGAUGACGAACGAAGAAGAGAAGCGAAAGAUAGAGCAAUUGAAGGAAAUCGCAGAUCGCGCGAUGGCACGGCAUCGUCAGAUGCGUCGACAAAUCGAAGAUCUAGAAGAGGAAGCCUGCCGCGAACGAACGAAAUGUCGACAAUUGCAAAGAAAUAUUGAUGAUCUGAAUGAAGCCAAUGAAACAUUAACUCGAGAAAAUGCACAGCUAAAGAGCUUAGCAGCACUUGCACGACGCUCUGGACUCAACCGAGCAAGUACUUCACGUUUUGGAAGUGAAACAGACAGCGUUGGACGGGGUGCUCGAAGUCUUGGUGGUGAUAGUACCGAUUUACUGCGACCGAAUUCAGGCUCAACAGCAGGUUCUUAUACAGGAGAUGAUCCAGAUCUUACUGCAAGUUAA